AUGUUGGGCACCAGCUGGUCGUGUUUUUGUUGCAGCAUGAGCUUCCAGGCGCCGCAGAUGCAGCGCCGACCGAGCAACAUCCAGGCGGGCGACGAGCUCUGGAUCGACGUGCAGAAGAAGGCUUUUACGAGGUGGGCCAAUUCGUUCUUGCCAGCAGGCAAGGGCAUUGAUGACUUGUACACGGACUUAAGCGACGGACUGGUCUUGAUUGCGUUGCUGGAAGCGCUCACGGAAGCGCCGUUUCCAUCGAAAUUCACAAAGGAACCGCGGCUCCGCAUUCACAAACUGGAGAACCUGAACAUGGUGUUCGGGUUUCUUGCCAAGGGAAAUGUGAUGGUGACGAAUAUCGGAUCAAGUGACAUUUUGGACGGCAACAACAAGCUUAUUCUCGGCCUGAUGUGGACAAUUAUCAAGCACUACCAAGUGGGGGAUAUUGCUGUGGACGGUGUGUCUGGCAAGGAAGGGCUGCUGCUGUGGUGCAAUCGCCUAUUUGAACCAUUUCACUUUCGCGUGAGCAAUUUCACAAACAACUGGAGCAAUGGCGCCGCGUUUUGUUACCUCGUCCAUGCGCUAAACGCCGAGUUGCUGCCGGACGUCGUUGCCUUCACCGAGCAAUCGUCGCCUGUCGAAAACCUCGCGACUGCUUUUGGUCUGCUUGAAAAGCACUUUCAAAUCCCCGCCUUGCUCAACCCUGAAGAUCUCCGAGGCAACGUUGACGAAAAGUCGGUGCUCACGUACGUGUCGAUGGUGUACCAGGAGUGCUCUGGAAACGUCGCUCCUGGUCUGGCUACGACGUCGGCCGCAGGACCUGGAUUUCGCGCGCCCAUCACUCGUAUUUUGGAAGACGAGCCCACCGAGUUGUGGUGCGCAGUGCAGGCCACGCUGCCCAAAGCGCCGACGUGGGCUCCUUUGACUAGAACGACCACGCGACGUGUCCAAGUGCCUCCGCUUCCUUGCACAACCCCCGUUUCCUUCACAGCGCUUGGUUCUGUGGUCGCGCUGCUGUACCCCCACGCGACAAACUUCUUUAUCAAACCUCGAUCGCAAUAG